AUGCAUUGCUGCAGCAUUCCAUGCAUGUAUUGUGGCUACCUGAUGUGUGCAAUCGUGUUGCUGGCUCAACCGUUGGCGGCCCUGGACUGCCAAGCCAGUGUGAAAAGAAUUGGCCCAAGCCUGAAGACGACAUUAGUUUGUGGAGGCGUGGCAUUAUACAAUCAGACCACACCAAUAGCGCUUGCAACAGAGGUGCACUUCCACAACUAUGGGAUCAAAAUAUUUGGGAGAUUCCCACGUGAAGAAGGUAUCGACCAUGGAGUAGGGGUUUUGGUUUUUCAGGGUGUUUCUCUUUCACUUUUUGAUUCGAAUUUUGAAUCUCUCCCUGCCGAGCUGCCUGGUGGUGCCGUCCUGGCACCGAUAAUCGUCAACGACUCGGUUGUCAGCAUUUCCAACACAACGAUACAGAACCAGCAGGUAGCACUGACAGCAGGUGGCGUUUUCAUAACUGGGAGGAGCGCUGUCACUUUGCACAAUUGCUGGUUUGAAGGAAACUUUGCAGCUGCAUCUGGAGCUCUUGCGGUUCGUGAGCAGAGUCAUGUGGAGGCCAGGCAGUGUGUGUUCGAUCGGAAUUCAGCAGUAGGGUAUGCGGGGGCAAUACAUUUGCAUGGGGGGAGUACACUUGUUGUGGAGGACUCUUCUUUCCUUGGGGUGCGGGAGCACUUGCCAGUUGCAGAUAUUUUUGAACUACGGGCUCUUGUAGUAGGGAAGUAUGCAACGCACGAGCUGAAGUCGUUUCAGGGAAACCUGGUUUCAGUUGCAGGGGCCAUUUUGGUCACUGAAGGUUCAGCGGCGAGGGUAUCAAACAGCACUAUGUCAGGGUAUGGUGGCCAGAGGGGUACAGUACAUGUCAGCGGGAAAGGUUCAUCGGUCAAGCUCAUCAAGUCCAGAUUCAUGGAUAACUUUCUAUGGGGAGGCGCAGGAGUGUAUGUUGAAGGCUCUUUGGCUGAAGUAGACAGCUGUUGGUUUGAGAGGAACAUGGCGAAAAUAGGUGGCGGCAUUCUUGUGGCUGGUGGAGGUGUUCUGAGAGUGGCUGGGUGCCAUUUUGAGCACAACAGGGCCCUUUCUAGGGGAGGUGCUGUUUUCGUUGAUGGGCCCUCUGGGGAGGUGCGGACAUCAGAGUCUGUUGUCAGGAUUGCGGGCUCAACUUUCUAUGAGAACGAAGCAAAGAGUGGUGGUGGGUUGUAUGCAAUGUACAGCAGGUUGGAUGUGGUAGGGUGUCAGUUAGAGGGAAAUCGGGCACAGAGUAAUGGUGGGGGAUUGUUUAUGUUUCUGGCAGGCUCGUCCACUUUCGCUGAAUCCUUUUUCCAGGGAAACGAGGCGCAGUAUGGGGGUGGCAUAUACGUUGAAAAAGGGGAGUUGGUGAGUUUUGUUGGCAUUUCCUUUGUUGGAAACAAGGCGAGUGGAGGGACAGGUGGCGGUGCCCACCUCACUGGUGUUGAAAAUGUACAAGUUUCGACAUCAGCCUUUAUGUUCAACCUCGCGAGUGAAUCAGGGGGCGCUUUGUCACUCUCACAUGUGGGGACCACUAACAUAUUUGGUGCACAGUUCAAUUUCAAUGAGGCCACACUGGCAGGGGGCUCCCUUGCAGCCUCUAGGACUCAAGGAAUCAAUGUUGGCAACUCCUCAUUCCACGACAACAUUGCAAAGCAGUGUGGCGGGGCCGUUGAGCUGCAAGAUGUUCAAAGGGUGGUGUUGAACUCCUCGAAUUUUGUGCACAACAUGGCUCUGGGAGCUGAUGGAGGGGCCUUGCAUAUCACGUCAGGGCUUGAUAUCAAGGUCUGGAAUUGCUCAUUUACUGACAAUUCCGCUUUCCAUGCUGGUGGGGCAGCAAUGGUGGAAGAGGUUGGGAACAUUUGUGUUCAAUGGAGCAAUUUGUCAUCGAAUUCGGCAAGUGAGGCUGAUGGGGGUGCGCUCCAUCUACAUGGUGUGGGGAUCAUUGCCCUUGAAGAUUCCAGGCUUGAUGGCAAUCAAGCUGCUGCAAGUGGUGGCGGGAUACGUAUGGAGCAGCAGCAUGAUAUUAUUGUCAACAAGACUGUUUUUGCUUCGAACAGUGCCACGACAGGUGGUGCACUGGCUGCCUCAUCCUCCAAAAGGAUUACAAUGACAGGCUCCAAGUUCGAGGGCUGCAGUGCGGUCUUCGUUGGAGGUGCAGUGGACCUUAUUGACCUUGAAAAUGUGCAGGUUGGGAACACUGUUUUUGCACAGAAUGCUGUCGUGUGCACAGGUGAAUGUCAAGGCGGCAGCACUGUGUCAGCCACUGGCAUUGGCAGGGGAGGUGCAUUGCAUGCUGCCCUUGUGGACGAUCUAAACUUCCAGAAUUGCUCUUUUGAGAAUAACAGUGCCAGUAUAUCGGGGGGUGCUGUGGUGUCACAGCAAGUUCUGUCUAUGGGUUUGGAAUCAGUCAAUUUCAUAAGAAACACCUGUGGGCAGGCAGGUGGUGCUGUGAACUUUGACAGCACUGUGGAAGUGAAUGUGACUGGUGGUGUCAUGGAGGAGAACAUGGCAGAUUAUGGAGGGGGCUUCCUCCUGCAGGGCAAUACCACACUCCAGGGAAGCAAUGUCAAGUUUCUUUCCAACAGCGCCACUUCUUCUGGUGGUGCCCUGGCAUGCACAGGCAACGCCUCCAUUGUUUUCAACACAUCAGACUUCGAAAAUGAUGUUGGGCAUGAUGUCAACAGCCCUCUCGUCAACUGCAGUUGCGACAUGACUUUCCUGAAUUGUUCUUUUGUGGAUGAGGAGCUCACAGCUGUGCUCCAGGAUGGAGGCGGAACCUGCAGCAUCAUCACGGAUAAUUGCACCUUCGUCACCCCCAGCCCACAUAACUUCACUGGCUUCUUCUUCUGGGGCAAGCUGGGCGCAAUAGGCAUCUUGCAAGGAAUUGGUAUCAUGUUGUUUUUCUUUUUCCUGUUGCUGCCUCUCUGCAUGACCCUCACCAGGCUCAAAGGCUUCGCUACCGUGGAGCCCAAAUGGUCGAAGAAAGAGGCAGAUAGUGGUUCGGACUUGGGGGGCCUUGCAGACCCUGGUUACUUUGACGCUCUGACCAGGCCUUUGUUGGAGGCUCCCUUUGUGCCAUACCAGCCCAGCGAGAUCAGCAGCAGAGAGUCUGCUGAAGGGGAGGAAAGGAGUGGAAAUUCUGUGGAUGGACGGCUGCGACCUGUGAUGCCCCUUUUUCCUUUUGUACCUAAGUUGAGCAGCUCAGAAGCUUCAAACUCAAGCGUUGGGCAAGAUUGCAGAUCGAGCUCAGGCAGCCCCUGGCUGCUGGAACAUGAACAGGCUUUGGCGCUUGACAGCCAAAAUGAUGAGUGCAAUGGUGAUGCCGGGACACCUCCUUUGUCCCAUCGACAUUUGGGCAACCUGAAGAACAAAAAAACCAGAGUGUCUUGCCUUUCUUUAAGCGAGACUGAGUCGUGUCUGUCUGAUCGUGCUGGCUGCCUAGGAGUUGAUACUGCACAGCUGGCAGGUGGAUGGCGUGCCAGUUUGACAAGAGAGGAAAGCUACAGGGCAACAACAAUUGGAGAAGCCAAUGGACCAGGAGAGGGAAGCUAUGGGAGUCCAUGCAUUAACCAGCUGUGCAUGGACACUGUGGGUGCUGAUUGCCCUCUCAGCAACCCAGGGUUGUCAACGUCAGGGCAGAUAGACUCAUUCGCAGCUGGCAGGGACAAUGCUGAGGCACUGCCUGGGGGAGAGCCCUAUGCCUCGAGUGCAGGCAGUUCCAACGGCCGUGGUGUGGACCGGCUGCCCAACGGUCUUCAAUAUCAUCCUGUGGGCAGCCCAGCGACUUCAGCAUCUGCACAUUCUGAUUCCUUGCUGGGGAGCAGCCCUCCACUUCUGGAUUCUUGGCAGCUGGAAGAUACAAGAGAGGGUUGUCAUGUACAGCUACCCUAUGCCACUACAGCAAGCAACACAUUUUCUUCAUCUGCCCCCCUUGCUCGCGCGCACACCCACAGAACGGAAAUGGGUGUUCAGGCCCCAAACACCCAGCACGACACCAACGGAGGCAAUGUACGGGCUCCAGCCAGGGCUGCAAUCCGAGGACCAAGUUCUGCAGUGCUGCGCACCACACGAUCUCUAUCCGGACAGGGACGAACGUCUGGCCUUGAGGGUGUGCACCCACAGGAGGUGGGAAGUCUGGAAUGGCAGAGGGUACAGCAGAUGAGGCCAUCUAAUGAAAGCGAAGGUGGUGUGGGGCAGCAGGCAGCCCAGGGCCUUUCCAUAAGGGACGAAAGGCGAUGUCGGAUGCAGCUAGUUCUCUCGUUUGGUUUUUUCAAUGUAACACUAGAGGUAUGA